AAGUGUCCGUUUAGAGUGCACAGUUCGAUUUGUUUUGGUUUAUGCAGACUGCUUUGUCACGGGGAGCCAAGGUCCACCGCCGUAUUUUAACCUGACCGUUCAACAGCUUUCGUUCUCUGCCAGACCCUGGAACAGCUCCUCCUCCACCCUCUGUGUUUCGCCACCCCCUUUCAGGACCGUCGUCUGCCUUGUAGCUCCGUUAUCGGACCCCAGACGCUGGCCUGCUAGUUAGCAAACAAGCUAACGACUGCCAGAUUUUACCCAUGUCCUCUGAAGAAGGGUUGAGCUCAACGAUCGCGGAUUGGCUUUUUAUCAAUUCCUGGUGGCUUCUUCUGCCAUUCAUCAUGCUCCUUGUAGUUGCCGCCUUCAUUGUUGCCUUUGUGUUACUGUUAUACAUGAUAUCGCCUCUCAUAAGCCCCAAACCUCUUAAACUCAACGGGGCCCACGUCGUGGUGACAGGUGGCUCAAGUGGGAUUGGUAAAAGCAUUGCAGUUGAGUGCUACAGACAAGGAGCAUUCAUCACGUUGGUUGCUCGGGAUGAGGCUAAAUUGCUUCAAGCAAAGAAAGAAGUGGAGAAAUUUGCCAUCAAUGACAAGCAGGUGGUUCUCUGCAUAUCAGUGGAUGUUUCCAGUGAUUAUAGCCAGGUGGAAAGUGUGAUUAAACAGGCUCAAGAGAAGCUAGGACCUGUUGACAUGUUAGUGAACUGCGCUGGAACCUCUAUUUCUGGAAAGUUUGAGGAUGUGGAGGUGGACCGUUUUAAAAAACUGAUGGAAGUGAACUACCUGGGCAGCGUUUACCCAACACGAGCGGUCAUUACCACCAUGAAGGAGCGAAGAAUGGGUCGCAUCAUGUUUGUGUCCUCACAAGCAGGUCAGAUCGGACUGUUUGGAUACACGGCAUACUCCCCAUCCAAGUUUGCCCUGCGUGGCUUAGCAGAGUCACUGCAGAUGGAGAUAAAGCCAUACAACAUUUAUGUGACUGUGGCCUACCCUCCUGACACAGACACUCCAGGAUUGGCUGAAGAAAACAAGACAAAGCCUCUAGAGACUAAAUUAAUCUCUGAAACAUCUGGAGUUUGCCAGCCAGACCAAGUGGCCAAAAUCAUCGUUCGAGAUGCAGUGCAGGGGAACUUCAACAGCUCUGUGGGACCAGAUGGGUACAUGCUUUCAGCUCUCACAUGUGGAAUGUCACCUGUCACCUCCAUCACAGAGGGUCUCCAGCAGAUUGUCACCAUGGGAUUAUUUCGAACCAUCGCCCUCUUCUACCUGGGGAGUUUUGACAGCAUCGUGCGCCGCUGCAUGAUUCAGAGGGAGCAGUCGAAAGCAGCUGACAAGAGGGAGUAACAGCAGCCUUACCCUGCCACACACAGCCCCUUCCCCUUCACCCACAACCCCUACCCACAAUCACUUCCUCUCCUCCAGGUGUACUAGUGCACAACCGUAGACUGAAAAAGCUUUGAGUGCAUUUCUGAUAUCAGCCUAACAGGUGGAAUGAAAGAAAGUGGCAGAUGUUUACUCUUUGUUCGUCUGGUCAUGUAGCUUCUCCACAGAUUUCAUUUUUAUUUUAUUUUCCCUCUCGGAGUAUUUCAGGUUUGAUGUGCCCAACUACUUCUUACAGUGGGGUUCGGUUUGAUUUAAGAGGAAGAGGGCAGACUAAACAUCUCAUAGCCUGAUAUAAAGUAGGAAUGCUUUGCUGUGUAGAGGCCCUCCUACCUUUACAUGUAGUGUCUUUUUUUUUUUAGUCAGAGAGAGGAAGCAGCAGGUAGCCUGUCUGACCGGUUGUGCUAAAUAUGGCUCAGAGUUCCUUCCCACUGGGGCUGAAGUGAAACCAGAAUGGUAACUCUUAGCUUAUCUCAUAUUGUUACAUGUAUUUCAAUACUAGGUCCACCUUGAAAGAAUGUCACUAAACAAGGCCCCUUCCUUUCUACCUUUUUCAUACCACAAGUCUUUGCGGGCAAAGCACCUUCCUGUUUGACUGAGUGACCUACAUGUUUCCAGCUACUUGUGUUUUGUGUAGAAUGUUGUUUUUGUGCUGUGUGUGUGUGAACCAAGUCAAGAUGUGUCAUGACAGAACUCUUCAGUAAGUGAUAAAGAGAGCAUGUGUGAGGUUUAACUAACAGAAAAACUGAAUUCCAGUAAGAUAAUAUUCAAAAUCUUUGGCGCAGCGUUGGGGCGAAGACGUUUGGGUGCCCUAGGUAAAAGGAUUGUGUGUUUGUGUGUAUGCUGUGACUGAGCCAAUCCCUGGGGAGAAAAAAAGCCAUUAGAUUUUAUCGUCUCGGGAAUGAAAACACCAAAUUAUUUUCUCAAAAUCCAAUUUUAUUCCAAUGAGAAAGGGAAGCAGGUACUAUGGGUUGAAGCCAUGAAAAAACAUGGGAGAAACAUAAAAUCAGCACAGGAAAUUUCACUUCAAACCUGUGAAUUUGACCAAGUUUGGACACUUGAAAGGAAGUGUAUUUUUUUAACAUGCAGUUUUACGUGUCAGUGCACAUAUUAAGCCACCCCAGUCAAGAUCCAAGUGGGAUCCAGAAUCUGCCGGGGGUGGUGUAAGUCAGGGCAGGGCAGGACUUGCUGGUUCGAGUCAUGUCACUGUAGGUCUAGUGGGGGCGCUAGAGAAUUGUUUUACAAUAAAGGCCAAAACAAUAGAGGGACUUGUGUGCUUGUGACCUGCUGUUAUAUACAGUCAGGACUUUGUAGCUCCUUUAUGACAAUACUGAAUCCCUCCUGAUGUCUGUUAAGCCUUGAAGAGUCUUGUAUUUGUCGUAUUUUUCAUAAAGAGGUUAGAAAAAAAGUACAGUGUUGACUUUUUCAAGUCUUCCUUUGGUCCAUCGCAAACGGGGAGAAUGUACUUUAAUACAAAGCGUACAAAUCAGAACAUAGGAAUAUUAUUUUUAAAUAUGCCAAUAUUUGAAUGCCAAAAUGUGUUAAGACAAUUUUCUGUAGAUGCAAUGCAUUUCUUUGAGAUUUAUUUCAAUGUUGCUGCUCCAUUCAUUGAUCGCAUAGUUAGUUUGUUGAAGCUGUGGAGCAGUGUGGGGACCCAUUCUAAGCCUUAAGAUGUGACUACUGAUAAAGCUAAUGCUACAAGAAUGGACCUGUCCACAGAAAAAAAUGUGGCUUUACCCACAUGUUGUUUACCAGUUAAUUUACUACUUAGUCUUUGAGUGUAAAAUGCCAGAUGUUCUUGUGUAUUUUUGUCAUUUUCCAGUCUUUGUAUGACAAAAUGAAGCCUUAUUCAAAUCCAAGAUAUGAAAGUGAGAAUGGAUGACUCAUGUUUGAUGAUGUUCUCAUUUGAUAUUGGUUAAAGGCACACCUUCCUGCACUCAAGAGCUUUUCUUUAUUGUACAUUUACUGUCAUCAAAAGUUCUCUUUUAUCUUGAGGUAGCAACACUGUUGAUAGAAAAUGUAGCCCAUAUGAAAGCAGUUCUGUUCUAACAUUUUGAUUCAAUCUUCAAGCUAUGCAAAUGAAGCCUAUGCUUACAGUUUGUUCAACAUGACGUCAAGAUAAAAGUUCUGUAAUAGUCACGCUAUUUCCCCUGAUUUGUGGUGUCAUCAUCAUCAGAUGCUUAAGUUCUUGAGUAUUGAACAUGAAAGUCAAAUUUCACUCUUUUUUCAUUCUUUUCUUGUUUUUCUUUUCUGCCAAAAAACUUAACACCUUCACCUUGUGUGCCAUUGAGAGAAAAUGUGAGAAGUGGAACAUCUCUUUGUCUUAUUUUCUUACAUGAUAUACUAAAUAAAUACCUGUGGAAGAAAGUCAAA